ACGCCGAAGCAAAACGUAAACAAACGCGACCUUGCCCCUCAGUGUAACGGAACUUUUCAAGAUUUACGAGUUUAUCGAUAAAACUAUGGCCAUUCCUUUGGACGCGCGCGAAAUCCUGAGCCACCUGAACCAGCUCGGCUACCGGAACAUUACACCGGAACAGCUGAAGGAGUUCCAGAAGGACCUGCGAAAACUGAUCAAGUUUGACACCCGAACGCUCGACACCCUGGUCCACCCGGAAGCGCUGAAACAGGCAACCCAACAUAUGAACACCUUCCAGCGACUGCAUACACUGACCACAAUCAGCUACAAUGCGAAAAUAAACCGGAAGUCGACUGGUGGUUCUUCCAGGGGACAAACUGCUCCCGCCAGUUCGACGGCACCACCAGCGGAGAAGGUUUCCCGAGGAGGGACGCCACUUCCGGAUGCGGUGGACAAUCAUUCACAGAAUCGGGAGCAGGAAAAGGAGAACCAGCUUCCAACUGCGACGGCGGUGAAAGCGAAGAAACAUCAAAAAGAGAAAGAUACUGAUCCGGCGAACAAAAUGUGGAUCCGACCGAGAAGCACCAGUGCGAUUGGCUUCCGCAAGAAUGAUCCGGUGUCGCUGUACCAUGCGUACCAGAAAGAGUGGACCAAGUUCAAAAAGCAACUUCCAGGAGAGAACAGUCAUUCCGACCUUCGGUGGCAGGUUCGGACGAAGCUGCUUGCGGAGAAGUGAUUUUUCUUCUUCCUGAAGUUAUUUUGCGUUUUCCGUCCAGAAACUCACUAAUUUUAAGUAAUUGACUGACUAUUAAUAAAAAUAAUGAUGCAUAUAAUGAAA